AACUUUCACCCGGAGCGACCAACGCUCACUCUAUGCGUGUAGUUGCUGAGGCUGCCUGCACUCGUUCGUCUACUGAAGAGAAGAAGCACUUUAGGGAGGAAAGAGGCCUGAUUAUGUCACCUCUUUCCACGAGACACAGACAUCUUCAUCUGUGCAGAGACGGACUAACCGUGCACCCACAUCUUCCUGUGAGACCCGCUGAAAGACCGGUUCAGAAUUUCCCUGCAAACCGAGGAAGCGGCUUUCCACUUUUCCGUGUUACACAUAUGAAGAGAAAAAUGAAGAUGGGACAUUUUGAAAUGGUCACUACCCUGCUGGCAGCCAUGACUCUAAUGGACGUCUUCCAGGUGAAGGCGGAACUGUUAGACAUGGCGGAGGAUUCAUUUGACGACGAAUACCUGAAGUGCAGCACCAGGAUGGAAAUUAAAUAUGUUCCGCAGCUGCUCAAGGAGGAGAGGGCAAGCCAUGCGCUCCUGGAGACUGUGUGGGGUAAUGCAGAGGUCCUGUGGAAAUCUCGGAAGGCUCAGAUCUCGCCCCCCAUGAACUUCAAGGAUCCCCACGGAAUAGCCCUGACGGCGUUCGUAACGGAGGCUCAAGCACAGACCCCCUUUUACCACGAGUUCAACAGGGCUGUGACGCUGAUGGGCCAGUCCCGGAAAGACUACAUCUAUGACUUUCCCUUCAAGGCCUUUCAUUUUUACCUGGUAAGAGCCCUGCAGAUGCUGAGAAGACCUUGUGAGGACAGCUACAAAGAGGUGGUGUACCUCACACGCCCAGACACUUCCAUACUCGAAGAGCAAACCCAAGCCCGGCUGGGCAACUUCACACUGGCUUAUUCAGCCAAACCCCCGACAGCUGGCAACGAACCAUUGCUAACCAUCUACACCUGCUAUGGGGUUGACGUGGGAAGAUUUUUUGAGAAGAAAAGAGGAGGAGUUGUUUUAAUACCUCUGAGUGAGGUUUUUCAAGUGUCGCAGGAAGGAGCCAGCAAUAACCUUCUUCUCCAGAGCAUAAAUAGGACCUGCAGCUACUACGAGUGUGCGUACCUUGGGGGUCUAAAAAAUGAAAAGUGUGUUAAAAACUCAGAAUAUAUUGAACCGGUGUAUAUCUACAACCCCGAUGUGGAAGGGCAGAACCUGGAAGACUCUGUGCCUCGAAUCAAACCCUGGGCCCCCUGCAAGCUAGGUAGGGAAAGCCUUGACUCCACUGGACUACCAGGAACUAAAGUGCUAGAACCAGAUGAAAAUCCUCUCUGGAUGGAUAAUAAACCUGAAGACAAGCGUCAAGGAAAUGCUGACAAUCCUACUCUGGGUCCUGCCCCUGCUCCAGGCCCCCGGAGCCACCCUUCGGCAUCUUCUGGCAGAAUGCUCCUCCCAUCAGUCACGGCAUCCACUGCGCUCGUUGUCACGUCUGCCGUACGCAUCUUCACUGUUCUCUAGCUCGAAAUCACACCUUAAUGUUUAUUUGGAAGACGCUAUGGAGAUCCCACAGGAGGCCAAGAGAAAAGAUGUCUUUCUCACUUGGGCAGACACACUGUAAAAUAAGAACUGUAUAUUCGUUCCCUGGCUCACAGUUAAAAAGCUGGUCCAGACAGUGUCAGAGAAUUAACUCCUCAUUUCUGUUUAAGUUUAGGAUUGCAAAAACCCCAAAGCUGUAUACUUUUGAUUGGAUUCAAUAAAAGUUUUAAGUUUAUUAAAUGUUUUCCUGUAGAAUCUUUGGAUAUUAAAAGACCACUACUAAUGUGGCUAACAUGAAUUUAAUGCCAGAAUCAAAAUGUGAAUGAUACCUGUUUCUCUCUGAAGAACAAAACUAUAAAUAGAGGUAGAGAUGGCAGGCUCUUGUUCCCAGGAGACAAAGCAGUGGAGAACUGUAGGCAGGAAGUGGCCACUUGGGUAUCCCUUCCUUCCAACAGGGAGCUGUUACUUUGCUUCUGUGUAUCUGUCUUCUGUCUUUUCCUUCUGACCAAACGUGCUUACAUGAAAGGUGGGAUGCGAUCCUUGGUCAGCUAUCCACCACUGGGCCUGUGCUCAGUGGUCACCGUUUAGUUCUAUGGAAGGCACACAGGGCACCAGACACUCCUUUCUACACUUGGCUCCAAAGAUGGCAAUGGACCAGUCUUUUGAGCCAAAGUGAAAACAAGCGCAUGCAAAGAAAACCUUCUCCCAAAGCCACUAGCACCUCAACAAGCAGGAAAUAAGAUGGGAACAACCAGGGAAGAGUGGCGUUAUGUUCGCAUGCCGCACACUCAGCAGUAGCGACUAUAAAAUUCUAGCAGCCAACUUGGAAAGAAGCUUUACAGUCUCUACAGUGUAACCUCCUCUGCUCCAUGAGGGGUCUAGACACAGCCCUUCCCCCACCACUCGGUAGUACAACAGCAAAAUUCACCGUGUUCUCUCGCAACGGCCCCCGGUGUAAACCAAAGCACCACAUACAAAGCACAAACAUACCAUAGUCACAGCAUCUGCAGAGGUGUCAACACCUGCGGCCCAGGUGUGUCCUGCAGUCAGAGUUGUAUUUAAAACUGGCAGGCU